UAGAUGGGCGGUACAAGCAGCGGUGCGGACACAGGACUAAGCGACAGCUCUGACAGAAGCAGCGAAGCAGGAUGCUGGCUUUCAGACACAUUGGGCUCUGUGCUUUCCUGCUGCUUUAACCAUCGCAGUAAAGAAAUUCGAACCGUCUCGCUUUCAGGACUGGCCGCAAGACGGAGACAAAAGAAGCAAGCACAGGUUCAGCUGUGUGGACAAGGUGUUGGCAUCGUCUGCUUUUGGCAGCGCUGCGCUGGAUCGCUGCGUUUGGAACGUACUUCGGGAGCGAGUCGAGCGGCGGCUGUAGACCGGGACCGUGUGAGCGAGCGGCCGCGGGCUGAGGUUCGGUCCCGGGCUCCAGUGGCAAUGGGGCUCCCCACUCUGGAGUUCACCGAUUGCUCCCUGGACAGCCCCGACUUCAGGGAUCGUCUGAAAGCGCAUGAGAUCGAGCUGGAGCGGACCAACAAAUUCAUCAAGGAGCUGAUUAAAGACGGGCUCAUGCUGAUUAACGCAUUGAAAAAUUUGUCUGCAGCAGUUCAGAGGUUUUCACAGUCAUUACAGGAUUUUCAAUUUGAGUGCAUUGGUGAUGCAGAGACUGAUGAUGAAAUUAAUAUUGCUCAGUCCUUCAAAGAAUUUGCACAACUUCUUCAUACUGUUGAAGAAGAGCGAAGACGAUUGAAAACAGCAACCCAUUCAGUGACUUUCAAACAACCACCAGGCUUGAAGCGGCAGAGAUCCACUGGGACACUGGACUCACUCCAUUUCAGUUCUGGAUCUGGUCCACGUCAGGCAAUAGUCACGCAAGUGCCUUUAGUUGGAAGACUGGCUAUUGGACGGAUUCCAGUCCUACCCAGCUGA